CGUCGGAGUGCGGCACACCUGGAACAACUCGCGGUGACCGAAAGCCCUGCGACUGACCUCUCGUUCGCUCGGCAGCGCGACAGAACCACCGCCGGUUCCAAGUGCUCUUGGGAGGAGUUCCGUUGUGCGACGUUUGGCGCCGACCAACCUGAGCUGCGAUUUCCAAGCGCACUGACUUUGUGCUGCGAGAAACUCUAUCCGAGUUUCGAUUUUUCUAUAUUUGUGGUGGUGCGUUUAAGAUAAUACCUUAAGUCAGCCAUCUACAUUUAUAUUAAUUUUCCUUAAUCAACUCUGGACUUCUUUGUGAAAUCCACAAGAAACCUUAAAAGCGUGCCGUGCUUCCUGUAGCUAUUUCGUAGAGCCAUUUGCUUGUAACUGACCGCGCGCACUCGUGCUCGGGCUGCAGAGUGCACGCAGUAAUUAUAUCGUGACUUUCACUCCUGCAUCCAGCCUAUGGCAGAAUGUGAUAAGUUCGAAGGUGUUCACGAUGACUAGUGAUCAAACCAGAAAAAGAAAUUAAACAUAUUUAUUCAAUAUAUUUGCUAGAAUAGUUAGCAGAGCAAGUCACCGGAGACAGAAAACGCGAAAGGAGAAGAAAACCUGCAAACAAGAUGAACGUAUCCACAGCGGUGGUGCUGUGGGCGCUGACCCUGUGGAGCGCCGCCGAGAGCCUCCCUCUCAGCAACAUCCACGGCGACCUGUGCAAGCGCAUGAACAACCGCAAGUACUACCUGGAGGCCGACACCCGCGCCCUCAUCACGGCCGCGAACGUCACGCUGCCCGCCUUCCCGAGGAUUGCUACCCAGUCGAUCAAGAGCUCGGGUUAUCGCCACGGCUCCAGGAGGCACAGGAAACAUUUAUCUAGUGAGUUUAAUUUCAACUCCCUUCUCUGCGCAGGAGAGAGGGCGCCCAAGAGAUCGCCCUUCCCCGUACCUCCCAACACUCGACGCCUCCUGCCGUCUUUCAGGGCUCCUCUGCAGCCACCUCCUGUGUCCCCUAAGACGCCUCAGCUUCCUGCUUCUCCUUCCGUUGAGGAUGAGAUGCCACUGGCGGAUGCCCCAUCCGACAUCCUGCAGGAGGACUCGGAAAUUGAAACAGUGGAAGCGGACGUGGCGACCUCCAUCACACAGCCGUUCAAGUGCGGCGUCGAACUGUUCACGUGCCCGGACUGCCACCUUGAAUUCUCGUUCGAACGCGUCAACCUCCCGUCCUGCUCGCACGACCAGUCCUGCAGGUGCGACUACUUGCGGCUGCGAGAGCCUCCGUACAUGGGCGGCGGCGGGCGCGACGUGUGCUCCACGGGCGGCGGCACACCUAGGACCUUCACCACGCAGACGCGGGAGGUCAUGCUGGACUUCCUCUACACGCGCGGCUACGACGACGCCUUCACCCUCACCGUCACCGCUAAACGGAACAAAUACCGCAUCACAGGCAAGGUCAACGAGACAGUGGGUCAUAUCAGGUCGCCCUUCUUCCCUGAGCUGUACCCGAAGGAUCACUGGAUGGAGUAUGAACUCGUGGCCAACGACCCCCUGGCCCGGGUCAAGGUCACCUUCCUGGACUUCCAGCUCUCGCCCUGGAGCUUCGUCGAGAUCCAGGACACGAACAAGACCCGCCUGGCUGUCUUCAACGGCAACGUGUUCCGUCCGCCCGUGCUAGUGUCUUCGGGGCCGCACCUGACGCUCCGGUUCAGUGGUAACGGGGAGACGGCGCGCGGGUUCAACAUGGAAUAUGACUUCAUCAGCGCCGAGAGUCAAGCGGUAGAAGCACCAAUUACAGACUGUGGUGGCUACGUGACUAACUUCGGCGGAACGAUAACGAUGAUGAAUAUGGCCAAGAACGACAGCAACUUCACAACGUACGACUGCGUGUGGAUAGUGCAGCCGCCGCAGAAUUAUGCUUUCAAGUCCCACCUCUCCAUCAGGGUCGUCCAGUUUGAGGAUAUGGCUUUGGGAACCCGCCUGGCUGCGCCAGGGUUUUUCACCCACUUCGAAACGGCCGAGCAUGUGGUGGCCAUCGACACGGGUUUCUACGUGCGGCUGAGAGGCGCCUUUAACAAGGACUCCAAGUUGGCCAUUGUCUACACUUCCUUCAGUUACCUUGGUAGCUGCUACACCCUGACGGACCUCAUGUGCCACAACCACCGGUGUAUCCCCAAGAUGCUUCGCUGCGACGGCUUCGACCACUGCGGCGACAACAGCGACGAACCCUCCUCGUGCUACCGCGGCGGCGACAAGAGCCUCACUCCCGAGGACGCCGCUUGGUGGUAUCAACACACGCCAAACUACUACUUCCCGCAGAAGAACAACUUCUUUGGUGGAGCUCAUGGUUGGUCGAGCAUACUCCUGCUCGUCUCCCUUGUCGUGCUGCUGAUGGUGAUAUUCGGCCUGGUCUCAUACAUGUUCAAAUCGGGCGUCCAGGACAACCGAUCUCUCCAACGCGAGCGAAGGGAGGCCAGGCAAGGCCACAGUCGGAGAACAUCCCUCUCCGACGGCGUGGAGAUCUUCGACGCCUCGGCUGACGACCCGCCGCUGUACGAGCCCCCGCCAGACUACGAGGAGGUCAUCAAACUCAUUCUUUCCGGGAACAAUCUUAAGCUGGUGCGGCGGCCCGGAGGACUGACGGCGUGGGUGCCCGACAAGCAGCUGGCGGUGGAGGGCGGCAGCGCUGGCCAGGGAGCGCAGGGGAGCGAGCGCCCCACGAGGACCAGACACGCCUCGCUUGACUUGGAGCAGGGCAUGGAGGUCGUCCUUUGAAACCCCCAAACGCUUUCAACUCACAUCCUCUUAAGACACGCACUCAGACCUGUUUCCCGCAGGCGUGAGAGCAGAGCCAACUCGCGGGACGAGAACGAAGACCAGUCCACCGCGACGGUAACCUCCACCUCGCAGGCACAGCUGGGCCACGUCCGCCGGUCAUCCCUGCCCGUCGCUCCUCUGCCCGAGGUCAUAGCCAACAGUGUGCAAGGUCACAGCGUGAGCUUAGCUCCCGAAACCAUCCCCGAAGCCCCCGAGGGCCUGGAUUCGCCCCGGCCGCAGUUCCGACACAAACACACCCUAAGCUCUAUGAGUUCUCCGACGCUGAGUAUGAGGUCGUGCCACUACGACACGAUGGUGUCCACGCCCGGCCCGAGCACGCCCCUCAACGCCCGCGUCUCCACCAAAAGGCGCAAGAGCAAGAAGUGCUCCAAGAAGGGAGGCAAGAGGAAGAGGUCGUCGGCCACUCGAAAGCUGGAGAGCCAGAGCAGAAGGGAGGACGACUCAGCGCCUCCAUCGUAUGAGAUGGCGAUGCAGCAGGCGAGGAGUGAGACGGUGACACCCGUCAACGAAAGCACGCAGACUAGCAUCGAUGCGUCCCAGCCUUCUCUCGACAAUCUCGAUCAAGCCUCGCCCUCCGAAAGACUCAUGGCCGUGCGACAGAUGUUCAGAAUAAUCUCCGACUCAGAGAGGUCUGACGCCGAGACGGCGAAGGAACCCGCGCACCAAGCGAGUUCGCGGCAGCGCGGCACCAUUAGCCGAGGCACCGUCAAGGCCCGGAAGGCGAUGCUGCUGAACAAGGCUCAGAAGCCUCAGCAGGAAUGCAGUUGCAACGGCGCUUGCUCCUGUGCACACUUCAAGCCCGAGGCGACGCGUAACAAAGACCUCCAAGCAGGUACUGUGAAAUCUAAAAUCAACUACUACUUGUCGAUCGAAGAGAGCGCGAAGAAGAGGGAGAGGGAUUCGUCUGCUGAGAGGUCGGACGUCCAACUCAAGUCGCGAGAUCCGCAGAGCCCACAGAGCGACGGUUCCAGCAGUAGUUUGAACCAAAAGAAGAGGAAGCUGGUGAGGAACCAGUCUGCUCCCACGCUGAGCCACCUCCGACAGUGCAACUUGGAUCUUUACUUCUCAAAUAAUGAAGUUCAAGAAGAGGAAAUAAUAUCGCCCACAGAAGAGGACAUGGAGCGCCCCUUGCUUACCCCGGUAUCGGGCUCUCCCAAACCAGUCUUGCUUCCAGCGCAAGAUUCCAAAGUGGCGACUGACUCGGCUGAGGAAGCAGCCACGCCAAGCAUCAAGACGCGAGUUCGGCUGUACAAUGAAAUGUGCGACACUCCGACUGGCAUAUCUCCGAGUCAUCGACGCAGCACCCCCUUCGCCCCUACACUCACCCAUUGCUAGUCCUAAAGAAAAUUUAAUGUACAGGGCAGAUUCUAUUGAAUCUUUGGGAGAAACCAAAGACAGCCUAAUCUGCAUGAGAACCAUGAAGAUCCCUGUGUGUGACACGCCUAUCAAGCCUGGACUU